UUUAUAAAUACAUUACAUAAACUGUCAAAUCCGAAAAAAAUAGCACGGUUCAGGAUCUCCAGGAUUUAAAUGGCUGGAUUAAUCAGAAACGUUGGCCUCAGAUUGGCUUCCCAAGCGGUGGCCAAAAAUGGUGUUGCUGCGGCUUCAAAUGUCGGUGCUUUGCGUUUGGCCAGUACUGCAACCGAUGCUCAAUCGAACAAACCCACUAUCCGCAAGCCAAAUGAGACUGCAAGGAGCCAUUUAUCCGAUUUUGGGCGUUAUGUUGCUGAGUGCUUGCCCAAGUACGUGCAAAAAGUUCAGUUAACCUCUGGCGAUGAAUUGGAGGUCCUUAUUGCACCAGAGGGUGUAGUUCCAGUGUUGCAGUUCUUAAAGGAUCACCAUCAAGCUCAAUUUGCCAAUUUGGUUGACAUUGCUGGCAUGGACGUCCCCAGCCGCAAAUACCGUUUUGAAGUCAUUUACAGUAUUUUGUCAUUGCGUUAUAAUUCUUGCAUUCGUGUUAAGACCUACACUGAUGAAUUGACUCUGUUUAACUCAGGGGAGUGGGGGUAAGGAUUCGACAGCGGU